AGUCGCGAACUGGUCAGUUAGAUUUAAAUUUAAAAUAUUUUCAAAUAGGAAAAGUUUUAACAAUUAUUAAUAAAUUUUACGUGAGUUUCUUUAAUAAUAAUUAAUUGUUUACCGACCAUUUUUACCGGUAUAGCAACGCGGCAGGUAGUAAAUAAACGUCACAUUUUGAAGUUUCACUCAAAUAAAUCAAAAAACCGUCCAAAGCUAUACCGAUGAUAUUUCGUAUAAUUCAAAAAUGAGCGGUACCGUUGUGAUUUUCAUUCACAAACUAGAAGACGACCAACUGGUGCAUACGUUGAAGAGCGAAAACGGCGAGAAACCCGUAAAGGUAAUCCCAUUACUAGACGAGUCCGAUUUUCACUAUUUCAAAAAUUACGAUGAGGAAAAGCUAUAUUUCAAAUACCCCAGUGAUGACGCGGAGGAGUCUCUUCUUAUUAACAUCGUACCCAACGAAACCGAUUCCGAUCAGUCGAAUAAUUUAACAUUCAAACCGAACUUUCCGACCCUUAUAAGGUGUCAGAACUGCGAAACUAACUUCCCCACAAAGUACCAGUAUCAGCGGCACCAAUGCGAUUUCAAUUUUCAAAAUGCCCUCAUCACUGAGGAGUCCAAGUGCUCGGAUAAUGAAACCGGGGGAUCUGAGGCGAAAAAUAACAUUUUCGAGUGCACCAUUUGUUUUAAGAUAUUCGCUAGCAGGGGCAACUUGGAGCGCCACCGAGCCACUCAUAACAUAAAUGGAAGUAACGCAUGUGAGUUUUGUGGAAAACUAUUCGUUAGCGAGAACAGAUUGAAGAUUCACAAGGAAAAUCAUUGCAAGAAAGCCGGGGAUAUUUCGAAGUUUUACAGAAGCGACCUUACAGUUUAUGAGUGUAAGAGGUGCCACGAAGUGUUUUCUUCUGCUGAUAAUGCUUAUCACCAUAUUGCAACAUGCUUGGAAGCAUUGGAUAAUAACGAUUAUCACGAGAAUAACAAUUGCAUCGAAACAAUUUCCACAGAAAUCCUGUUGCAAUGCGAGUUCUGCAAUCGGACUUUCGCGGACAAAAAUCUCCUAUUGGUGCAUCAGCGUAAGCAUACGACAGAGAAAAAUUACGAAUGCGUGGACUGUAAUCAGGCCUUUGACUCAUACUCGAAGGCUUACCCGCAUUGGAUUAAAAAAUGCAACGAGUUCUCAAACGUUUUCUAUUUACCGAAAUUGUCGUUUUGCGAAUACUGCGAUCGGACUUUUAAAACCCACGAUAUGUUAUAUAAUCAUAAGAUAAAGAAGAAGCACUAUUCACCUAAACUAUUCGUACCGAAGCGGAACCAAUUGGAGAAGAACUCGUUGAAUUCCUGCAAUGGAGUACCAGAAAAUAAGGAGGAUAUUAAUCAGUUAAUUCAGGAUGUACUGAAGAGCUUGGAAGUGCCCGUUUCCACGGGAUCUUUUAAUGCUGAUACUGGUAAGCAAGAUGCUGAGAAAACUGGUUUGAAUUAUGAUGGGAGCAACUCUGGAAAUGAGAUAAAAGAGUCUCAUUCUCAUGGACAAGCGAUUGUAAAAAGAGAACCUGAAAGCGACGACUCAAAUGGUGAUCAAACCAACAAUUCUAGCGAAAAGUCUUAUCCGUCCUUAUCAGUUCCAAUGACCGAAGCGGAAACUGACGAAGCCUCCAAAGAAAUCGCAAGAAAAAAACGAAGAUUUACAAAACAAACUGGAAAUAAUAAAAAGAACGACUUACUGCCUAACGAUGGGUUGCGUUAUCAGUGCGAGAAAUGCGCUCAAGUAUUCACCUGCAUCCCAUCACUAGAACAACACCGGAAUACCGAUCAUAUGGAUACGUUUUAUUGCGAAGAAUGUGGACAGAAAGUGGGUAGCGCCAAAGCUCUGCUGGUUCAUUAUAGAGCCCACAAGAGUCUGAAACCUUACGUUUGUGACACUUGUGGCAGAAGCUACUCCCAAACUUCUCAUUUGUGGCAACACAUGAGGUUUCACCAAGGUAUAAAACCUUUUGCUUGCCCUCACGAGGGUUGUGACGCCAGAUAUACCAUUAGGCCGGAUUUGAAGGAUCAUAUCCGGAAAGUUCAUACCAGGGAGCGGCCAUUUAAAUGCAAUGUGUGCAAUAAGAGUUUCUUAACUGGUUCCGUUUAUUAUCAGCAUCGGUUGAUUCAUACUAAUGAUAGAAGAUAUGGUUGUGAGAUUUGCCAUAAAAGGUUUUUCCGGGCCGACGCCUUGAAUAACCAUAAGAGAAUUCAUACUGACGAGAGGCCAUACGCUUGUAAGGUGUGCGGCAGGGAAUUUAGGCAAAAGGGCGAUCGUAAUAAACAUGUUAAAACUCAGCAUCCUGAGCAUGUUACACCUUGAAAGUUUUGAGUUGUUUUUUGUUGGCUUUAUAAUUGUUUUGUAUGGAUUUUUAGUUUUAUUAGCUAUAGUUGUAGUUGGUGGGAAUGAUUAGAAUUCUCUUGGUUAUAGUAACAUAAAUAGUUUUAAAGUGGAAAUAAAGUAAUGAGAAAAUUUCGAGUACACUCCUCGGAUAUACCGCAAAAAUGCUCAUGGGAGGGCGCAAAAAUAAAUAGUUGAAUUUAUUGUAAUAGUGUGUAAGAUUGUUCGUGUUUAAUAUUUUUAUUUUUUAUUCAUUGCAAUGUUUAGAUAAUAUUCGUUUGGUUCAAUAAAUGAAAUACUUGUCAAUAAA